UGUGUGUGUGUGCGUGGUUUGUUGAAGCGCAUCAACUUGUUGCUUGAUGUCAAACAUCAGUGUGUUUUAUUCCAUAUUUGAAUUGUGCUUCCAACAAGACAGAACGUAUCUUUUUGGAGCAAACAAGAAAUUGAAUUGAUCUUCAGCAGGAAGUCGGCGGCUGCGUGUCGCCAACAUGGAGGCCAGGGGAAAGUACGACUUCACAACAACAGUGUCGGGCCAGCUGAGCUUCAAGAAGGACGACGUAGUGAAGAUUUUAAGCACACACGGUAACUGGUUGAUGGCCGAGAUGGACGCGCUUGAAGGCCUGGUUCCAAAUAACUACAUCGACUUCCGGCUGCCGCGGUGGUUCCAGGAGCACCUCACUCGUAGCGCAGCCGAACAGCUGCUGAGCUCACAAGAUGUCGGACAUUUCGUGAUACGAGGAUGCCAAAGUUCACCCGGAAACUUCUCCAUCUCCGUCAAACACGAGAGCGACGUGCAACACUUCAAAGUGACCCGGGACCGGCAAGGCCAUUACUUCUUGUGGUCGGAGAUGUUCACCUCGCUCAACAAGCUGGUGGACUUCUACAAGACCACGUCCAUCUCCAAGACCAGCCAGAUCUACCUCCACGACACCAGAACCCUCUCGGCCCAGAAGCUUCAGGAGGAGCCGACUCAGUGCCUGGUCCGAACAGGAGGGAGCAGUGCCGACACGACACGCCCAUCUCAGGUUAAGGCCAUGUACGACUUCACCGCCGAGGAAGACGACGAGUUGAGUUUCUGCGCCGGGGACAUCAUCGAGGUUAUGGACAGCUCGGACACGUCGUGGUGGAGAGGACGGCUGAGGGACAAGAGCGGCUUGUUUCCCAGCAACUACACCAAACACCUGUGACGCUUCAGCAUAGGCCACGCCCCCACGCUGUGCAGCCACUCCUUUAACCAAGGUGCUCUUUGCUACACGUGAGCUCAUGUAGUUUUCACAUAGUUGUCGUGCACCUUUCAUGUAGUUUUCACAUAGUUGUUGCAUACUUUUUAUGUAGUUUUCACGUACUUGCUGCAUACUUUUCAUGUAGUUUUCACGUAGUUGUCAUUCACUUUUCAUGUAGUUUUCAUCUAGUUGUCACAUACUUUUCAUGUAGUAGUAGUACUUGUAGUUUUUACAUACUUUUUAUGUAGUUUUCACAUAGUUGUCGUGCACUUUUCUAGUAGUUUUUACAUAGUUAUUGUGCACUUUUCAUGUAGUUUUCACAGUUUUCACAUACUUUUCACGUAGUUUUCACAUAGGUGUCACAUACUUUUCAUGUAGUUUUCACGUAGUUGCGCUCUUUUCAUGUAGUUUUCAUGUAGUUGUUGCAUACUUUUUACAUAGGUGUCACAUACUUUUCAUGUAGUUUUCACAUAGUUGUCGCACACUUUUCAUGUAGUUUUCAUGUACUUGUCACAUAGUUGUCGCACACUUUACAUGUAGUUUUCAUCUAGUUGUCACAUACUUUUCAUGUAGUUUUCAUCUAGUUGUCACAUACUUUUCAUGUAGUUUUCUUGUAGUUUUUACAUACUUUUUAUGUAGUUUUCACAUUGUUGUUGUGGACUUUUCUAGUAGUUUUUACAUAGUCAUUGUACACUUUUCAUGUAGUUUUCACGUAGUUUUCACAUACUUUUCACGUAGUUUUCACAUAGGUUCACAUACUUUUCAUGUAGUUUUCACGUAGUUGUUGCAUACUUUUCACAUAGGUGUCACAUACUUUUCAUGUUGCUUUCACAUAGUUGUCGCACACUUUUCAUGUAGUUUUCAUGUACUUGUCACAUAGUUGUCGCACACUUUUCAUGUAGUUUUCAUCUAGUUGUCACAUACUUUUCAUGUAGUUUUCUUGUAGUUUUUACAUACUUUUUAUGUAGUUUUCACAUAGUUGUCGCACACUUUUCAUGUAGUUUUCAUCUAGUUGUCACAUACUUUUCAUGUAGUUUUCUUGUAGUUUUUACAUACUUUUUAUGUAGUUUUCACAUAGUUGACGUGCACUUUUCAUGUAGUUUUUACAUAGUUAUUGUGCACUUUUCACGUAGUUUUCACAUAGUUUUCACAUACUUUUCAUGUAGUUUUCACGUAGGUGUCACAUACUUUUCAUGUAGUUUUCACGUAGUUGCGCUCUUUUCAUGUAGUUUUCAUGUAGUUGCGCUUUUUUCAUGUAGUUUUCAUGUAGUUGUUGCAUACUUUUCACAUAGGUGUCACAUACUUUUCAUGUAGUUUUCACCUAGUUGUCGCACACUUUUCAUGUAGUUUUCACAUAGUUGUCACACAGUUGUCACAUACUUGUCACAUAGUUGUCACAUACUUUUCAUGUAGUUGUUGGCCACAACUACAUGAAAAGUAUGUGACAAGUACAUGAAAACUACAUGAAAAGUGUGUGACAACUAUGUGAAAACUACAUGAAAAUGAUGUGACACCUAUGUGAAAAGUGCAACAACUACAUGAACAGUAUGUGACAAGGACAUGAAAACUACAUGAAAAGUAUGUGACAAGUACAUGAAAACUACAUAAAAAGUGUGUGACACCUAUGUGAAAAGUAUGCAACAACUUGUUGCAUACUUUUCAUAUAGUUUUCAUGUACUUGUCACAUGCACUGUAGUUGUCUAGUCUUUUUCAUGUAGUUUUACAUACUUUGAACGUAGUUUUCGCAUACUUUUCAUGUUGUUUUUACAAACUUUUAACGUAAUGUCACAUACUUCAGAGGUACUUUUCACAUAGUUGUCACAUACUUUUCACGUAGUUGUCAUGUACUAUAGUUGACCCAUAUUUUUUAUGCAGUUUUCCCAUAGUUGCCAUCUACUGUAGUUGUUACGUACUUUUGUCAUAUAGUUGACGUGUAGUUGUCAUGUAAUUGUCCGAGCAGAAAAAUCCAAGUAACUAAAACUAAAAGUGUUUUUAAACUUGUCAGAAAAUUUACUUUUUGAAGUGUGAACGUUACCUGGAGAUGUUUGUUAUUGUUAACCACAAUAAAAGUGAAAAUAAAAUUAUACUGUUUUAUGUAGCAAGUUAAGUUGAGCUUGCAGACUGCAACCAUGCUAUUUGUUUCAUGACAUGCACAGGAAAUGGGAACUUUUAUUUUGAAAAAGAAAAGGUGUGAGGCUCACCCGGCUUGUGCAACGAGGAAGUGGUUUGUUUGUGGCUCAUCCUCCUCGCCUGCACUGCUUGCACUAAUGUGUGUGUGUGUGUGUGUGUGUGUGUGUGUGUGUGUGUGUGUGUGUGUGUGUGUGUGUGUGUGUGUGUGUGUGUGUGUGUGUGUGUGUGUGUGUGUGUGUGUGUGUGUGUGUGU